CAUUGAAUUUUUAAUCAGAAAAUUUAGAAUUUUACACUUAUCAAUAGUAGACUUUCUAUCAGCUAUAUAAUCAGGACAUCUUACUACGAUGUUCCCUCAUCUACCCACCCCACCUCACUGGCGCCGCGACAAAGCACGUAAAAAACUAGAUGAUAUUUUCUCAAACGUAAUAACUUCUCGUAGAUCAUCUCCAAAAUCCGAGGAUGACAUGUUGCAUAGUCUUAUUAACUCGAAGUAUAAAGAUGGUCGUGCCACAACCGUUACAGAGGUCACAAGUAUGCUUAUUACUGCCCUCUAUGGCGGUCAACGUUCGGGUUCUGCUACAGCUACUUGGACAGGUGCUUACCUUGUACGUUAUAUGACAUUCUGGUUUGACGCUGUGAAAGAGCAGAGAAGGUUGAUGAAAAAGCAUGGAGACGCGAUAACUUAUGAUGCAAUAUUUGAUAUGCAUCAUUUGCAUCGUUGCAUCAAGGAAGCCUUGAGGCUACACCCGCCACUAGCAAUGCUAUUGCGUAAAUCGCAUAAAAAUUUUAGUGUGACUACUCGAAAGGGUGACAAGUACGACAUCCCAAAAGGCCAUAUAAUCGCAGCCUCACCGAUUUUGUCUAAUCGUGUUCCACAUAUUUACACGAAUCCUGAUAGUUACAAUCCUGAAAGGUUUUGCCCUGGAAGGGAAGAGGAUAGAUUAGCUGGCCCGUUCUCGCUCGUAUCGUUUGGAGGAGGCAAGCAUACUUGCCUUGGUGAGACAUUUGCAUACUUGGAGAUAAAGACUAUAUGGAGCUAUUUGAUUCGGAACUUUGAGCUCGAGUUGAUUACUCCGUUCCCAGAGACUGAAUAUAAUGAAAUAGUAUGGAGUCCGAAAGGAAAGGUGAUGGUACGAUACAAGCGUAGGAAACUUGUUAUUGAGUAAAUAUUGGGAUUGUACAAUUCUUCAUCUCGGUCAUUGUGGAUAUUGUUUGAUUCCACAUAGUUGUGAGAUUGUACAAUUCUUCAACUCGGUCUUUGUUUGUAAUAAUGUCAUGCUGUAUGUAUGCAUGCAUGCUUGUAAGCAAGUCAUCUUUAUUUGCUAUGUCAUUUCUUUCUUUUUUUUUUUUUUUUG